UUUUCAGUUGGUGCUUCUCAUUUAUGUUAAUGGCGCUAUAUGAAUGAGAUCGCAGCUGCCUGACUGCUUGUCUGUGCUGUGUAGACGGGAUGGGAUGUGACAGGGCGGAGCGAAGCGGGUGACUCGCCCGGUCAAGUGCCUCAUUAGCGAGUAGUUCAGUGCAGAUGGGGGAACAGGCGGACGGGGAAUUUGGGACGCCGGUCCUCGGGGACUUCGAUGACCCACUGCGGUCGGGCCGGCGGUGUGUCGUAACCCUGAGCGCCCGUGAGAUGAACGUCCAGCGCUCGGGCUAUCAGUCUCGGGAGGUCAUGCAGCUCGUUGACUGCAUUGGGUGCCAGGUUACUGGCCACGAACUGUCGGUCUAUUUCUACCCGUUCGGCAAAAGCUGGCCGCAAGCCGGGACGGCACGACAGAGACUGGUACUCAGGUUCAAAGCUGAGAACGACGAGAUGGCACGACGCUGGGCAUGGAUGGUGAGAGAGCGAAGCAGACAUGAGCUGCCGGCGCAGGACGGCUGCCGUUAUGGACUUCUGCCACAGCCCUGCCGGGCACUGGUACUGGUGAACCCUCAAGGUGGCAGUGGACAAGCAUUGAGCAUCUUCCACAACCAGGUGAAGAAAAUGCUGAUGGAGGCAGACAUUCAGUACACCCUGCUGGUCACUGACAAGCAGAACCACGCUAGGGACCUCAUGAGAACAGCUGAACUGUCCCAAUGGGAUAUUGUAGUGAUCCUUUCGGGCGAUGGCCUCAUCUUUGAGGUGAUCAAUGGGCUGAUGGAGAGAGCAGAUUGGCGUGAUGCAAUCCAGAAGCCACUGGCCAUCCUUCCAGGAGGUUCUGGGAAUGCACUGGCUUCAUCUAUUAACAACUAUAGCAGGUUCCCUCCUGUGACUGGUAACAACCUCCUGCUAAACUGCACCUUCCUCCUGUGCAAGGGCCUGAUCUCCCCAAUGGAUCUAAUGUCAGUGACCACAGUAUCUGGCCACCGCCUCUUCUCCUUCCUCAGCGUGUCCUGGGGCUUUGUGUCAGAUGUAGACAUAGAGAGUGAGCGGCUCCGUCUCAUUGGUGGAGCCCGCUUUACACUGGGUACGUUAUGGCGCCUAGCAUCCCUCAGGGUUUAUCGGGGUAAGGUUGCCUACCUCCCCUUAGAAGCAAAGAUAGACAGCAGCCCCAACUCACAGCAAUUUACCACUGGUACAAAUGGGCCAAAGGACACUCUGCUAGUGCCACUGGAUCAACCUGUGCCUAGCCACUGGACAUUGGUAGAGGAGGAGGAGCUGGUGCUGGUGCUUGGCGUUUGCCAAACGCAUCUUGGGGAGGACUUCAUAUGUGCACCAGCCGCUUUGCUCAGUGACGGUAUUAUCCACCUGAUAGUGGUAAAAGCAGGCAUCUCUCGGUCUGCCCUUCUGAGUCUCUUUUUGGCAAUGGAGAAGGGUACCCAUUUGCAGGUCCAGAACCCACAUGUGUUGUACAUUCAAACUCGAGCCUUCCGCCUGGUGCCUCACUCAACAAAGGGCUAUAUGACUGUGGACGGGGAGCGAGUGGAGUGCGGCCCAAUCCAGGCACAGGUCCACCAUCAGCUUGGCCGGGUCAUUUCAGGGUAGAGUCACCAACAUAUCGUUACUUGAAUACACCACAGAAAAUGGACGGUUAACCAAGGACUACAUGGAAAAACGGCUCCUUAACUAGGAGACACACUGAGGUCAGAUCUUCAAUGCCUGCCACUGGUAUGAUUGUUAGCUUACAAUGGAACUCAAGUGGAUUGAGGAAUAGGGAGAACCUAGAUUCUAGUUACAUAGAGGAGACUGGCUACCGGCCACCUGCCACCAUGGCCAGUGUUGACCGGAAAGCAGUUUAGGGUGAAUGGUGAUGAAAGGGUGGUCCUGGGAAAUGCAAAUCUAGCACCUUCCAAACAGUUUGAUCUUGUCAAGGAACAAUGCACCAAUAAACCAUAUACCUUAA